UAGCUGUCAUCAAUCGAAAACCAAAACAAAAGCAUCCAUUUCUCGAUUUCAAUACCCUAAAUUCAUCGUUCCGUAUUCAAUAUGACUUCUCCGCUGGAAAAUCUUGAAAACCAUCUGGAAAUGUUCAUUGAGAACGUGCGCCAGAUACGGAUAAUUGUUAGCGAUUUUCAACCACAAGGACAGAACGUGCUAAAUCAAAAAAUUCAAUCUCUGGUAACGGGACUGCAGGAAAUCGACAAGCUUAAGAACCAGGUUGAUGUGAACGUACCACUGGAAGUUUUCGACUACAUCGAUCAGGGCCGGAAUCCGCAGCUGUACACGAAAGACUGCAUCGACAAGGCACUGACCAAGAACGAGGAAGUCAAGGGCAAGAUCGAUUCCUACCGGAAGUUCAAGAGCAAUCUGCUGAAAGAGCUGGGAGAAAUGUUCCCGGGGGAGAUCAGCAAAUACAAGGCGAUUCGGGGGGAUGAGUAGUAUUAUUGGUCUGGCUUGUAGCUUAUAGGUAAUUAUCGGAAUAAGUGAAGCAUACGCUAGUUUCCUUUUUGGAUAAUUUGAAUAAAAUAAUUUUUUUGGCGUACAA